GUCACUACGGUUAUAGAUAAUCUUAUCUAUGUUUGCAAAUAAAGCUAUUGUAGUGUUACUAUUACUAUUUACUAUUAUAUUCACUAUUCAGUAUUGUCCAUCGACCACCACUCUAACUACUACCCAGGGCAUAAAGAUUUGAGUACUGGAUAGUGUAUUGUAUUGUAUAGGCCGUGAUAUUGUGUAUUUAAUGAUCAUGACGAUGACUGUAAAUGGUGUAUAGACGAAAAAUAGAAAGGACGAAUUGGAAUUAUCUGCAAGUAUAAAAACAAAAUUAGUUGCGUAUUGCGUAUUUGUGAUUAAUUAUAUUACUCUCAAGUCUCAGCGCUAAAGUUAGUAAUUUUUGAAAAGAAAAUUGUACAUCAAUUGUCCGGUAGUUAUAUUCAGUGGUCGAAUUAAUUUCAGUUUUAAUGAAUAUGUCUCCCCUAAAAAGAGAAUACUUGCCACCACCACUGUCGCCAAGUCCUGUCUUGGAUAUAAGUGACGAUGAGUUAGUCACAAUAUCUGUACGUGAUUUGAAUCGCCAACUAAAGAUGCGUGGAUUAACGAGAGAUCAGAUAGUACGCAUGAAACAGCGUAGACGAACAUUGAAAAACCGUGGAUAUGCUGCUAGUUGUCGAAUUAAGAGAAUUGAACAAAAAGAUGAAUUAGAAACAGAAAAAUCUCAAGAAUAUCAAGAGCUAGAUGAUCUACAACAUUCAAAUAAUAUGAUUAGAUCAGAAGUUGAAAAUACAGUUAGACAAUAUGAAAUGCUAAAAAGAUUUGCUGCUACUAAUAAAGUAAUGUUACCUCUAGAACUUCAAUCAUUAUAACUAAUGUAAUAUAUAACAUAUGGAUUAAUGUGGGCCAAACAGUAUUAUUACUUAAAAAUUAUUGUUUAGUAAAGGUGAUUAUUUAUGUUUGACAUUUUAAUUAAUGAUAA